CGCGUGGGUGUCUCUCUCUCUCCUCUCUUUCUCUCUCUUCUUCUCAACGGAGUAUUUAAAACUCCUCCUCUUUCUUUUCACUCCCUUCAUUUCCUCAUUACUUCCUCCUUCCUCCCUCCCUCAAUUUUAAAUACACAAAUAAACUUCAUCUUCUCCAUCUUCACUCUCACUGUCUCAUCCUCUCACUAAGGAAUUUGAUACAUUUUGUUGAUCAAAUUGUCAAUCCUCUUUAACAUUUUCAUUAGGAAUUUCAUCGUCAAUUUCUCUCUCUUCUGUUUUCUUUUCAAUCAAUUCCAGAAGAACGUUGAUAAUAUUCGUGGAUUUCGUCAAUAUCAGCUUACGGAGUUCAGGAAAAUUGAACAAGUUGCGAAAUCGAUGGCGUCGAUAAUCUCGAAUUACGAAGAGCACACAGAAGAUACAUCGCGAGAAUCGAAGAGGAAAAAGCGUCGAAGAAUAGAUACAGUUAAUCAGAAUCAAUCAAACAACAAUCAAAAUCAAAUUAGAUGGAGAUCAGAAACGGAGCAACAAACCUACUCAUCAAAACUUGUCGAAGCUCUCCGACAUGUUCGCCGCCGUAAUCCUACACCGGCGCCAGUUUCCGGCAGCCGCGCCAUUCGUGAAGCCGCAGAUAAAGCCUUGGCUAUAGCCGCAAAAGGCCGCACUCGUUGGAGCCGAGCAAUCUUGACGAAUCGGCGUAAGCUACGGCUUAAAAGCCAUAAAAAGGCUAAAGUCCGUUCAAAAUUGCCGCCGCCGCCGCCACCACCAGGCACCGGAAGUAGCCGGUUGUUUGGGGAGGACGAACAACAACAGAAAUUACCGGCUCUUGAUAAGCGUGUAAAGGUUCUUGGCCGGUUAGUUCCCGGUUGCCGGAAAUUAUCGUUUCCAAAUCUUCUAGAAGAAGCUACCGAUUAUAUCGCUGCUCUACAAAUGCAAGUCAAAACUAUGGCUGCUCUAGCGGAACUUCUCGCCGGUUCGCAUCCCGGUCCAAGUUCCGGUUCAAUGGAUAUUGAUUCAUCAUCACCUAGUAGUAGUUGACCCGAAUCACGGUUUAGCAACCUUUUCUUUUAAUUAAUUAAUUUUUAAUAAUUUUUGGCUUUUAUUAUUGUUCUUUUUUUACUUUCUUUUUUGGAUAUUUAAUUGAAUGUAUUUUAUUGUAUACAACUGGCUUUUUUUUUAAAAUUUCUUCUUUUAGCUUGAA